UACACUAUGUUGGGGUGACGAAGCUCGUCCCCGCUGUGUCUGCCCGGUCUCCAGUGUGGAUUUACAUGCCCUGAUUUCCGUGGGACUGGGAAGCGAGAAAGGAAGAGGGCUGUGAGCCUUUCAGGAACUCAGGGGUGACCCGCGUCAACUUCACGAAUUAACAGCUUUACUUUCGAGCCGUCGGUUCUCUCGCGCCUCCAGACCUCUGUCGGAGUACCGUUUACUUUUCUCCGGGCUCUCCGCAUUACUCUUGCUGAAUUCAUUUGGAGGAGGGUUUUAUUUUCGGAGAAGACGGAAAGCUGCUUGACUUGAACCCGGUUUGAAGGGCUGUGGCCAUGGCCGGGGGUGGUGGAGGUGGCGGUGGGGUCUCUCCGCUGGGCCCCGCGCCGCCGAUGUGGUAUCAUCGGGACCUGAGUCGAGCUGCGGCCGAGGAGCUGCUUGCCCGGGCCGGGAGAGAUGGCAGCUUCCUGGUGCGGGACAGCGAGAGCGUCAACGGGGCUUACGCUUUGUGUGUACUUUUUCAGAAGCACGUCCACACAUACAGAAUCCUCCCAGACGAGGAAGGAUUUCUGGCUGUUCAGACGUCUCAGGGCGUUCAGCCUAAGCGCUUUAAGACGCUGCCAGAGUUGGUGUCAUUGUAUCUACAGCCCAGCCAGGGUCUGGUCACCACUCUGCUUUACCACGUGGACAGAGAGGAAACAGCUAUCCCUGAUGACAGGGACUAUUCAGAUGGAGAGGAUGAGAAACCUCCCCUCCCCCCUCGCUCUGCUUCAACCUCCACUCCUCCUGGACCAGAUACACCCACAGAUAGUGCUCCAGCAGCUAAUGGCCUGAGCACCAUCUCCCAUGAGUACCUGAAGGGCAGCUAUGCUUUGGACCUGGAGGCAGUAAAACAGGGAGCCUGCUCACUGCCUCAUCUAAACAAGACACUAGUGGCCUCCUGCAAACGCCUUAAUGGGGAAGUGGAUAAAGUUCUGUCUGGUCUGGAGAUCCUGUCUAAAGUCUUUGAUCAGCAGAGUGCUUUUAUGGUGUCCAAGAUGAUCCAGCAGUCAGUGAACCAGGGUGGAGACCAGGAGUUGGAGAACCUUGUGACCAAGCUGGCUAUUCUCAAAGACCUGCUGUCCUCAAUAGAGAAGAAGGCCCUAAAAGCUCUUCAGGACAUGAGUUUGUCCUCUCCAUGCUCCCCUCCUCCUCUCUCCAUGCGUCACAGCAAAGCCAUUCCUGUGCAGGCCUUCGAGGUGAAGCUUGAUGUCUACCUGGCAGAGCUGACAAAAAUAGGAAAAAGUCAGAAGUAUACAUUGUCUGUGGAUGUGGAGGGAGGAAGGCUGGUGGUGAUGAAGAAAGUGAAAGACAAUCAGGAAGACUGGACCACGUUCACUCAUGACAAAAUACGUCAGCUGAUCAAGUCUCAGCGAGUACAGAAUAAACUGGGCAUUGUGUUUGAGAAAGAGAAAGAUAAGAGUCAGAGGAAAGACUUCAUCUUUGCUAGUGCCAAGAAACGGGAGGCGUUUUGCCAGCUGUUGCAGCUGAUGAAAAACAAACAUUCCAACCAGGAUGAGCCAGACAUGAUUACCAUCUUCAUAGGCACCUGGAAUAUGGGCUCAGUGCCUGCUCCCAAGUCUGUGGCCUCAUGGGUGUUGUGUCGUGGCCUCGGGAAGACUUUGGACGAGAUGACUGUCACCAUCCCUCAUGAUCUGUAUGUGUUUGGAACCCAGGAAAACUCUGUGUGUGACCGGGAGUGGGUGGAGUCACUGCGUGCCAUGUUGAAAGAACAGACUGAAUUGGAUUAUAAACCGAUCGCAGUUCAGACUCUGUGGAACAUAAGAAUUGCUGUGUUAGUGAAACCUGAACAUGAGAACCGAAUCAGCCAUGUGGGGAUGUCCAGCGUCAAGACGGGGAUCGCCAACACACUGGGUAACAAAGGAGCAGUAGGAGUUUCUUUCAUGUUCAAUGGAACAUCUUUUGGAUUUGUAAACUGUCACUUGACAUCAGGGAAUGAGAAGAUUGCCAGGAGGAACCAAAACUACCUUGAUAUCCUGCGGCUGCUGUCACUAGGAGACAAACAGCUGAGCUCCUUUGACAUUUCAUUGCGCUUCACGCACCUCUUUUGGCUGGGUGACCUCAACUACAGGCUGGACAUGGACAUACAGGAGAUUUUAAACUACAUUAACAGGAAGGAGUUUGACCCUCUGCUGAAAGUGGACCAGCUCAACCUGGAGAGGGAGAAGAAUAAAGUCUUUUUGCGCUUUGCGGAGGAAGAGAUCUCAUUCCCUCCCACCUACCGCUAUGAACGAGGCUCUAGAGACACAUAUGUCUGGCAGAAGCAGAAGGCCACAGGAAUGAGGACUAAUGUUCCGUCCUGGUGUGACAGGAUCCUGUGGAAGUCAUACCCAGAAACACACAUCGUCUGCAACUCCUAUGGCUGUACAGAUGAUAUAGUGACCAGUGAUCAUUCCCCUGUAUUUGCUACGUUUGAAGUUGGGGUGACCUCCCAGUUUGUCUCCAAGAAAGGUCUGCCCAAGUCUUCAGAACAGGCCUACAUUGAGUUUGAGAGCAUUGAGGCAAUAGUGAAGACGGCAAGCAGGACCAAGUUCUUCAUCGAGUUCUACUCCACUUGUCUGGAAGAGUUUAAAAAGAGUUAUGAGAACGACAGUCAAAGCAGCGACAACGUCAACUUCCUCCGCGUGGGCUGGUCCAACAAGCAGCUGACGACACUCAAACCUCUUCUCUCAGAGAUCGAAUACUUGCAAGACCAACAUCUGCUGCUCACAGUGAAAUCACUCGAUGGAUAUGAGUCCUACGGAGAGUGUGUGUUGGCUCUGAAGUCAAUGAUUGGCAGCACAGCGCAGCAGUUCCACACCUACCUGUCCCACCGUGGCGAGGAAACGGGAAAUAUCAGAGGUUCAAUGAGGGUCAGAGUCCCUGCGGAAAGGAUGGGAACCCGGGAGAGACUGUAUGAGUGGAUCAGUGUGGAUAAGGACGAGACAGGUGGACCUAAAGGGAAAUCCACAAUGGUAUCCAGAGUGGGACAUGAGUAUGUGAAGCCGUCUGUGGUUCGUAAGCAGCUUGGAGAGCUGGGGAAGGUCAGUGAGGAGGGAGAAAGGUGUGCCAAGGAGGAAACUGCUGCAAGACCUAAACAGGAUACCACAGACAGCAGUGAUCCAUCGGUCAGCAAGAACAGCUACAACAACCCUGCUUAUUACAUCCUGGAGGGCGUUCCCAACCAGUCAGCUGCAGCUAUCUCACCUGAGCUCCUCCCAUCUCCUACCUCAGCAAACACCCCAGCAGCUAAAGCAGCUCCUGCUUCAGCCGGGGCUCGAACCAAACCCCCCUGUCCAACUUCAGCGCCCCCUCACAUGCGCAGACCCAUGACAGGACACCCUGUCCGUGCCAUUAGUGAGGAGGGCGCCUCAGAGGACGAUGGGGGUCCUUGUAUGACGGGGGCACAGGGAGGAGGUGUUGGAGGGACCAUUGGAAGCACGUUGAAUCGCCCACCUCCUGACUUCCCCCCUCCUCCUCUUCCUAAAGGAGCCCUGGAGACAGUUGCAGAGUCCCCCUUCACCAAACCUCGCCCUCUUUAUCCUGACCUGGCCGAGGUCCGGAUCCCUGCAGCAGGUUCUGGAGCUCUUGGGGAGGGUUUUAGGCGAGGAGGAGCUGGCACAGGGGCGUUGGACGACCAGUCUUGUUCUGUGCUCCAGAUGGCAAAGACACUGAGUGAGAGCGAGUUUCCUGGACAGCCCCCACGCGCUCCCUCAGCACCACCUCCUCUUAGAGGGCAGCCCAUGGGUUUAGGCUUGGAGGCUUGCCGCACUUUUCCACCCAGAAAUCCCAUCCCAGAGAGUAUCGCAGAGGAUAUGCCUGAGGAAGCACUUUGGGGCAGCAGUAGCUCGUCUCUGUCUGUGGGAGAGUCUUCAGUGGGGGAGUGGCUACAGAGACUGGGACUGGAGCGGUAUGAGCAGGGUCUUCUACACAACGGCUGGGACGACCUAGAGUUCCUCAGUGACAUCACCGAAGAGGACCUGGAGGAGGCGGGAGUGCUUGACCCCUCCCACAAGCGGAUCCUUCUGGAGAGCCUCAGGCAGCAGCAACAGCAGCAGCAGAAAUAAACUGUAGCAAACUGUGACUGGUCCAAAAUGGCCUGGUACCACAUCUGGUCCCCAACAGGCCAUAUCUCAGCUGAACUGAACUGAACUGAACUGAACCGGACUGAACUGAACUGAACUGAACUGAACUGAACUGAACUGAACUGAACUGAACCGAGCUGAGCUGAGCUGAGCUGAGCUGAAACGUGCUGAUCCAUGCCACACUGUGCCUUCUGAGAGAAAUUGCACUCCAUUUGUACUUUUUAAAAACACUUGUCGAACCAACGUCCUUUUUUCACAUGUACUGUACUGUUGUCAUCGUCAUAGCUGUGGCCUUAUUUAAUGAUAAUUAUUUCAACCCUCCAAGCAUCACUACAUAACCCCUGGCUUUAAAUCUGUUUUUCUGGCAAGACAGAAAUAGAGAUGCAAUGAUGUGUCGAUGCUGCGUCAUGUGUGUCAUACCGUUAGAUCUGACCUUCAGCUUCACGUUGGCUUGUUUUCCUUUCUUUGUCAAGAUAAAGCUGAACUAUAGCUUAAGACAUUUCACAAGUGGGAAAUGUAUUUUUCAGAUUUAUAGCAAAACGAGAACAGAGCUGUUUUAGGAAAUAAGAGCCUUUUCCCACUCGUGGUCACAUUUUGGUAAACUAAGGAGAUUAUUAGAGAGUACUUCAGAGGAACGUCGGCACACAGCUCUCCCUCUGUGAUCGAGGUGAACAGGAUGUGAUGUCAGGAAAGAAACCAACAAGCCAGGCUAACAAGAGUUUCAAAUGUUCUUUUGGGGUAAUGUCUAGGCCACUGUUAUUUAAACAAUGGCCUGCAUGUAUUUAUAGUUUCUUUUUAAGCGAUAAAGGGAAUAUUGAGCAAACCAACCAAACCUGUCCUUUGAGAGUUAAAUGUUUUUUUCCCCUUGGUUAAAACUUUCAAGCCAUCAGCUUUUGCCGCCUUCUGCCUGGUGUGUGACUUUUACUAGGACGCUACGUAAAUUACAGUUCACACAAGACACCUUAUUUCAACGUCACAUGACCCAGGUUUAAUGGGCUUUAUGAUUUACUAAUUUAUUUUCAAAUCGUCUCAAGUGUUCAGGGAAUUAGUUCAUAAAUAGGUUCACUAAUGGUUAGUGUGCUGAAGAUUUAAUAAGUCAUCACAUCACAUUGUGUGUCACCAAAAUGUUAGUCGUGUAAUGUUUAGUUGUAUUGUUACAUUACUAGAAACACCGUCUAGUUUCUGGAUUGUGACAUGUGUUGAGGAAUAUGUGACCUCUGGUAACACAAAAAAGCAAAGGCCACGUUUGUGUAGAGCACCUACUGACGAGGACGGGUGUUCCCUGAUGUAACCAGCAGGAGGCAGUGCUGCUCCACAAACCUCAUCAGUAGCCACUGACUGUGGAAACUUCUUGAUUGUUUAUGUCUAGUUUUUAAGCAGUUAAAAGCUGUUCAGACUGAUUUUAUUUGUCGAUAUUUUAGAUCCUGCCCAAAAAAUUAGAAGCCAAACCUAAAACCUUCAAAUUUUAGUUCUGUUCAAGAAACCUUUGUUUCAUUAAGGUAGAACACACUAAGAUUAUUCUGUUCAACUUGCCUUUGCUACUAAAAUAUUUUUUUUUUACAUCUCACUAUGAGGAGUCCUGAAAAAAGUCAAACAUUCAACUCUAAAUAUAUGUGUGAAUGUAUAAAUGUCUGAUAAAUAUUCAUUUUCUUUGUGACGCUUGUAUUAUUUAGUUAUUUAGCUGUUUUUAUGUUGUGUUUAAAAUGUGUCUAAACCUUUAACAGCCAAAAUAGCCACAAUGCAGAGAAUGUGGAUUUGUCUUUGAGUUAAAUCACAUGUCUUUUUAAGCCUUUGAGGCCGUUCAGUGUUCUCAGUGAUGUGUGAGUGUGUGUAUGUGUGAAAAAGACAUUGUGACACUUGUCUUGCUCCUCCAUGUAGUCUUUGGUUGUGUUAAGUUAAUAUCUUGUUCCCCCAUGUAUUUUCUUUUUUAAUUAAAUGCUAAUAUCUUUCCUUA